AUGAAAGAAUCCGGAAAGUACAGUUAUAACACGGGGUCGGUGCCGACAUUUCACGCUGCAGAUUACACGGUGUUCGCCUGCACUCUGGCCAUCUCCGCGUUUAUCGGAAUCUUUUAUGCGAUCAAAGACCGGAAGAAGCAGACGACAGACGAUUACUUGCUCGCCGGCCGCUCCAUGCAUCCAAUUCCGGUUGCCAUGUCGCUCCUCUCUAGUUUUAUUUCCGCGAUCACGAUUCUCGGAACGCCGGCGGAAGUGUAUGUGUACAGCACGAUGUACUGGUGGAUUUCCGUCGCCAUGGUGAUAACGGCACUGGGGGCUGGCCAAAUCUUCAUUCCGAUUUUCUACAAACUUGGGAUUACCAGCGUAUUUCAGUACAUAGACAAACGAUUCGGACGGCCUACCCGGGUGCUCGCCAGUAUCAUAUACCUUCUGCGGAUGGUGUUGUACAUGGCCAUUGUCUUGUAUGCGCCGUCGCUAGCCCUGAACGCAGUAACUGGGUUGCAUCUAUGGGGAUCCGUGAUAGCGGUCGGUGCCGUCUGUACCUUGUAUACUGCUAUUGGCGGCAUGAAGGCGGUAUUGUGGGCGGACACGGUGCAGAUGGUUAUCGUGUUUUCCGGACUUAUCACUCUGGUCGCCGUUGGUUCUAACCUGCUCGGCGGAAUGGGCGAGGUCUGGAGAAUCGCCAACAGCCAUGGCCGCAUCGUACUUUUAGAGUUUGACCCUGACCCCAGGAUGCGGCACUCUGUGUGGACUGUGUUGUUUGGCGGUUCCGUGCACUGGUGCUGCGUGUUUGGGACCAACCAGGCCCAGGUCCAGCGAGCAAUGUCCGUGAAGUCACUGACCGGAGCAAAGUGUUCUAUCUGGCUGAAUGUUCCCGGUAUGGCGUUCAUUAUUACUCUCAGCGUCAUUGCCGGUCUUGUCAUGUUCUCCUUCUAUGCAAGCGCCAGAUGUGACCCCGUACAAUUUGGGAUCAUAUCCAAGCCUGAUCAGCUGGUUCCCUUGUACAUGAUGGACAUCCUGAACCAGUACCACGGACUGCCGGGACUUAUGCUCUCUUGUAUAUUCAGCGGAAGUCUCAGUACGAUCUCGUCCGGUCUGGACGCCGUUGCCGCGGUGAUACUCGAGGACUUCGUGCGUCCCAUGCGCUGCAAGGCCAUUACUCCGGCACGGGCUACUUUCCUCUCCAAAGUAUUCGUGAUCCUGUUUGGACUACUGUGUCUGACGUUUGCCUUCCUUGCAUCAUUUCUGGGCACGUCGUUGCAGUUGACCGGGGCGUUAUUCGGAAUUAUGGGAGGACCAUUGCUGGGGUUAUUUUGCCUGGGAAUGUUGUUUCCUUGGGCAAACAAAUGGGGUGGAUUUGUAGGACUGGCAACCAGUCUAUCUCUUCUGCUCUGGAGUGGACUUGGCCAAGCUAUCACAAGAACCAGCGUUGUGAUCACGCCGCCGUUGGAGACUGUCGGCUGCAACUGGACUGCUAUUAACAAAAAGACCCCCAUCCCUCUCCUACCGACCACCACGCCGGACUUUGCGCAUCCCGUCACUUCGAAUUAUGAUAAAUACGAUGGUAUCAACCGCCUUUACACGGUGUCCUACAUGUGGUACAGUGCCAUUGCCGUGCUCACGUGCGUCGUUAUCGGCCUCCUUGUCAGCAUUGUCACCAGCAUUCAGGAUCCGAAGGAGCUUGACCCUAAGCUGGUAUGUCCGUUCUUCGACGUUUUCUGCCCAUACCUACCAGAGAGGCUGCGCAGGCCGCUGAGGUUCGGGGUCAGACACGGAGAGGGAAUACAGGAAGAAGGCACACCGGAGAAGCGACACCAGCAACUCGCCAGUCUUCUUCUAGACGAUGACAUCGCAGCGCUACGUCUAAUCGACUUCCGGGCUUAA